GAAAUUUUCAUUAGUAUUUUUAAGAUAAAAUCAAAACUCUUUACUGAAAACAAAACAAUGACAACUACUUAUCAAGAUUCGACCGGCGACGUUUUUGGGAAUAUUCAUCGUAUCUUUACAUCACUUCCCAAUAAACUUGAGAAAGACGUCCGUGAUCACCUCAAAAAUGUUUAUGGGACUCUUGCUCUUGCCUUGGGAUGUGCCGUUUUAGGAGUUCUUUUCAACAAUGUAAUGCAAUUUGAAGCAAUGCAAUUUGUAUUCACAUUGGGAAUUUUUGGGUUGAUGAUUGCAAUCGUGUCGACUGAGGCUAAUUCCUUUAACGAGAAUAAGCGUCUUGCUUAUAUGUUUGGAUUAAGCUUCCUUGUUGGUAUCCAGACUGGACCUCUUAUCGAAUAUGUUGGCGCUGAUGAUCCGUCAAUUGUUUUUAAUGCUUAUCUGAUCACAAUGAUUGUGUUUGGAUGCUUUACAAUGAUGGCUCUUCACGCGGAUUCGACCAAAUAUCUUUAUUUGGGAGGUUUGGUUUUUUUCUUUUCAAAAUUUAAUAUUUCCCAGGAAUGCUUUCAUCGGCACUUCUCUGUUUGUUGAUUACAUCCUUGAUUGCGCCAUAUUCUCCAUAUGUCCGCUCGGCUGUCAUCUGGGCUGGACUUGCCAUCAAUUGUGGAUUUGUUGUGUAUGACACCCAAUUGAUUGCUGAGAAAUGCCGUCGCGGUGAUAAGGACUAUAUUUGGCACACGGUAAUGCUCUUUGUCGAUUUUGUCAAUAUCUUCCGUUAUGUUAUGAUCUUAUUGAAGGACAAAAGCGAAAAGGAUAAGCGCCGUCGUG